CCCAUCGAACCGCUUCCCACUUCCCUAGCAUUAACAUCAUCCUCAGCGCCAAGGAAUCAGUCCGCCGUACAUGGCGUCACACAAGUCCUCCAGCGCUGCUGGCGACGGCAAAGGCAUGCUCGAAGGCUGCCGCAUUGCUAUCAUCGGCAGCCCUGGUCGCUAUGGGGAAUCCACUCUCUGUGAAUGGAUCGAAGACGCAGGUGGCGAAGUGGUAGCCAAAGUCGGCGCUGAUCCGCCUGCGACGCACGUCCUCGUGGUCGAGAAGCCCACAAUGUGCGACGAGAUCGAGACCGCUCAAGCCAUGGGCAUCCCUCUCCUGCCCUGUCGCUGGCUCAAGGUCUCGAUGGAAGAAGGCAAACUUGAAGACAUCAAGCAUUACCCCAUCACUGUCAGUGGGACCAGAGCCGAGCCCAAGAAGAAGAAGGCUGCGUCCACCGCCGCCAAGAAGCGAGGUGGUUCGAGCAAGCGCAACGCCAUCGAGAUCAGCUCCAGCGACGGUGAUGACGACGACGACGACUACGCACCGAGAAAAGCAGCUCGCAAGAAGACCAAGAAGAAGGUCAUGACCGACAAGUCAGCCCCGUCCGACAAGAGUAGGAAUGCCAAGACUAGGACCUCCGCACCAGCAGCCAGCAAGUCUGGCACCGAAAUUACCAAGGCGGAGUCGUCCACUAUGCGCCAAAGCCGCCGUCUACCACCUGUGGAUACGAUGAGUAACUUCACCAGCACCCACCGAGUUCUGCAGCAUCAAGGCGUAGUCUACGACUCCAUGGCCAACUUCGUUAAUCUUCAAUGGGGCAGAAACAACAACAAGUUUUAUGCACAGCAGGCCCUGGCGCCUCUCCCGACAGGAAAGGACAAAAACUACUACCUUUGGACGAAAUGGGGGCGAGUAGGUGAGCGCGGUGACUUCAAAUUCUUUCCUCAUCCAACUGUCGACGAGGUCAUCAAGGCGUUCAACUCCAGAUUCAGGAGCAAGACAGGUCUGGCCUGGGCUGCGCGCUAUGAUACGCCCAAGGAAGGCAAGUACACCUUUCUGCGAGGUGGCAUUGAGGAAGACGACUACAGCGAGGAGGAAGAGGUAGAAGACGAAGAGUGCGGCAGCAAGGGUGCAGGAGGCGCUCACCGCAAGAAGUACGAGACCAAGCUGCACAACAGCGUCUACGAUCUGGGAGAGCUCAUCUUCUCGCGCAAGCUCUUUGAUGUUGCUCUCGAAGACAUGGGCUACGACUCCGAGCAGAUGCCUCUGGGCAAGCUCACGUCGACGUCCAUAGAGCGUGCAUACACGGCACUCUCUCAGCUCAGCCGAAUCAUCGCUGCAGGCGGCUCCAACCAUGACCUCGAUCACUGGGGAGCGAAGUAUUACACCGUCAUCCCGCAUGCACAUCCUCGCGAGUCGAGGCUUCCCCGCAUCGACAGUCAGGAAGAUAUUGAGCGCGAGACGCAGCUAGUCGACACUCUGAGACACAUGACAGUCGGCAUGAGCAUCCUCGAGAAGAAGCCCUCAAGCAAGGAGGUCAACAACAUUGACCAGGCUUUUGCCAAUCUCAAGCUCAAGACCAUCGCUCCCUUGGACAAGGACUCGGACGAGUUCAAGAGACUCGAGAAGUAUUGCCUCCAGAAGGGAUGGAGCCACCACAUCGAGCACUCUGUCGCGGAAAUCUUCCGCAUUGAGCGAGAAGGGGAAGAAGAGAGAUUCGCUGAAUGGAAGAAACUUCAGCCAGACAAUCGCCAGCUGCUCUGGCAUGGAAGCCGCACCGCCAACUUUGCUGGCAUUCUCUCCCAAGGUCUUCGCAUUGCCCCGCCCGAGGCUCCCGUCUCUGGGUACAUGUUUGGCAAGGGAAUCUACCUCGCUGACAUCUCGACCAAGUCAAUCAACUACUGCCAUUCCUACCUCAGUGACCGCACUGGUCUGGUCCUUCUCUGCGAGGCCCAACUUGGAGAGCCGCUCCUCCGCAAGGGUUCUGAUGGCAAUGCUGCUGCGAAGGUCUCGGCUCGGGGCAAGCACUCCACCUACGGCAAGGGUUCCACCCGCUACAAUGACACGAGCGACUGGGUGGAUUGCGCCGAGCACUUGGGUCGUCAGGAACUUCGAGGCGUGAAGAUGCCUGCGGGCACGCCAGUGGAGCAUGACGAGCUCGAUCUGGAUUUGCUCUACGAUGAGCUGAUCAUCUAUUCCGAGUCACAGUGCCGCUUCAGGUACCUGUUCAGGCUCAACGUCAUCGAUGAGAGGGACUACUAGGCCCGCCCACUUCUCUCCC